CUGAAUCAAACUACCAUACCCGGCAGUACUUGCGGCGGUGGAGCGGAAGAGGCGGAGUUUGAGCCAAAAUGAGGGAAAAUAAGAACAUGUCCGAGUCCCCCUCUCAAGCGGGAAAAGAAAUACCGACGAAAAAACAAAAAUUAAGCAGUGACGAGAACAGUAACCCCGAUUUAUCAGGAGACGAGAAUGAUGAUGCUGUCAGUGUUGAGAGUGGGACCAACGCAGAGCGCCCAGACACACCCACUAACACUGCCAACGCUCCGGGUAGAAAGAGCUGGGGCAAGGGCAAGUGGAAGUCCAAGAAGUGCAGAUAUUCUUUUAAAUGUGUCAACAGCCUGAGGGAGGACCACGGCCAGCCGCUGUUUGGAGUCCAGUUUAACUGGCACAGCAAAGAGGGAGACCCACUGGUGUUUGCCACAGUCGGGAGUAAUAGGGUAACUCUGUAUGAAUGUCACUCUCAGGGAGAAAUAAGACUCUUGCAGUCUUAUGUGGAUGCAGACGCAGAUGAAAACUUCUAUACAUGUGCCUGGACCUACGACACCAACACAAGCCAUCCGCUGUUGGCUGUAGCUGGGUCCCGUGGCAUCAUUAGGGUGAUCAACCACAUCACAAUGCAGUGUAUCAAGCAUUACGUAGGUCAUGGAAAUGCCAUCAAUGAGCUCAAGUUUCAUCCAAGGGAUCCAAAUCUCCUUUUGUCUGUCAGCAAAGAUCAUGCCCUUCGUCUCUGGAACAUACAGACGGACACAUUAGUGGCAAUAUUUGGCGGCGUGGAAGGUCAUCGAGAUGAAGUCCUGAGUGCAGAUUUUGAUCUUUUGGGUGAAAAGAUUAUGUCAUGUGGGAUGGACCACUCCCUAAAACUUUGGCGAAUCAAUUCAGAGCGAAUGCAGAAAGCCAUUCGUGGGUCUUAUGAGUACAACCCUUCAAAGACCAACAGGCCUUUCGUCUCUCAGAAAAUUCACUUCCCUGACUUCUCAACACGAGACAUCCAUAGAAACUAUGUUGACUGUGUGCGGUGGCUGGGGGAUCUUAUUCUUUCCAAGUCCUGUGAAAAUGCCAUUGUCUGCUGGAAACCAGGAAAGAUGGAGGACGACCUCGAUCACAUUAAACCGAAUGAGUCAAAUGUGACGAUUCUGGGACGCUUUGAUUACAGCCAGUGUGACAUUUGGUACAUGCGCUUCUCCAUGGACUUCUGGCAGAAGAUGCUGGCUCUGGGAAACCAGGUGGGGAAGCUUUACGUGUGGGACCUUGAAGUGGAAGACCCACACAAAGCCAAGUGCACCACACUGACGCUCCCCAAAUGCACAUCGGCCAUCCGGCAAACCAGCUUCAGCCGUGACAGCGGCAUUUUGAUAGCCGUGUGUGACGACGCUUCAAUCUGGCGCUGGGAUCGACAGCGCUGAAUAGUUUUUUCCUGAAGAAGUUUUGGUUCCUGUUGCUUCCCCCUUCCAACCUGCUGCCCUGUUGUACAGAUCUCCACUGCAAUAAAUGUCCGUUUGAACAUUUAGUCUUACGUGUGGUAUAAAAAACAGUAUUUCCUUAAAAAAAGUGAGAAACUAUGCCAAGGUGCGAUGAUUCCUUUUGUUACUCUGGCCAAAGAGAUUGUUUUCACUUCCUGUUUGUGUGCCAGAAGGAUGUUUGAGGAAUUUAAGGACAAGGUUGCUGAAACAUUUUAUAUCUAACAAAACAUCAGUGGUGAGCUGGGAUUUAUUCCUUUUUAGAUGAACAUUUUUCAGCCACAGAAAUUAUAGUAAAGACAUACUUUGUUCCAAAUGAGAAGUUAAUGUUUUAAAUUAAAUGAAAACUAAUUAUAACAGCAUGUUGGUGAAUAGAUAAGCAUUGGUGGAGGUUAAGUGCCUUCUAGCUUCCUAUGCAGACUCAUCAGAAGUUAUUCGAUCAAUCAAUCACACUCCUAUUAUCUGCAUUCAGGGAAAUCUUUGCAAAUUCUUUAGACAAGAGGAAUUGUCUGUGUCUCAGUCAACUGGCGGAUUUUUGUCACUUGUUUUAGGAAAAAUAAGCUUUUAAGACACAACAGAUGAAAUGACCAAAGAUGGAAUUUUUUGCAGUGUGCCAUGUUUUAUAUUCAAACAAAAAAAAAAUUAAGAUUUUUGUGCUUCCCCCUCCCCUGCAGUUAUCCAACAUUUCCUACAUUCCUAUUCCUCUUUUUUUUUAUGCCCUCUUGGUUUGCUUUGAUGGCCCCCCUCUCCUCCCUAAUGCACACCAUCACACACUUUGACUGUUGUAAAAUGUACAGUAUACCAUUUGACAUCAGAAGCUUUGAGUACACUCAAUAAAAUGUAUUUUGUAAAUAUAUA